AAAUUGACCAUACUUAUUGUUCGCUGCUCACACCGCCAUCUAGUGACGCAACGCGAUCGAAAAAUGCGCGCGAACGGUUCGCGAAUGAACAUUAUUUUAUACUCUAUUUUUUUGUUUAUUAUUAUCUGUGUAUUUUUUGUCUUGGGCCUGUUCUGUUGGAGUAAAGGAGAGUGGCAGACGUGAAUUAUCGUUUUUAUUUUAAAAUGUCCUGACACCCCCAACGGCCCCAACAUAAUGGUCCAUCCGAGCCAAAUUAAGAACAGCUGAAGAGUCCUAAUAUAAUUGAGGUGAAGUCCGAGUAUCCGUCGCAUUAUUACGGAUUCAAGAAAUUCACCCGCCAUUACAUGUGCUAGCGUGCACCUACAACGGGAGUUCGAGUCAGCGGGUGCCGAGUACCUACAAUAAGACUUCGAGGUCUUCGAGUCAUCGAGCACCUACAUCGAGAGUUCGAGUCAUCCAGCACCUACAUCGAGACUUCGAGCCAUCGAGUACCUACAACGAGGGUUCGAGUCGUCGAGUACCUACAACGAGGGUUCGAGUCGUCGAGUACCUACAACAAGAAUUCGAGUCAGCGAGUGGAUUGGAGCGGCAGGGCUGAUUUCCUACCAGGUUUCCCUAUCCCUUUUCUCGGUCUGUGUUUAAUAUUUGUGCUGUGUUCCUAGUUGUGGAGCGGCGGUGCCCAGCCGGUGUCGUGAAAUCCCGAUGCCGAUGUGUGGUUGGUAAUCUCGCGGGUCUCUGCGGGUUGCACGUGGCGCGAGUCUUCACACGGGAAGAUUUACACAUUUCCAUUACGAACUUCUCCAUGCUGGUCCCCAACUGCUAUUAGCUACUAUGCGUGAGAGUUGGUGGCCAUUAGGGGGGAGAAAUCUGGCCAGAAAGGUAGUCCAUCAGUGUGUUCGCUGCACGCGACUAGAGGGGAAGACCGUUACCCCAAUCAUGGGCAACCUGCCUUCAGAGCGGUUGGAACCGGGUUUUCCUUUUAUUCGCUGUGGGGUGGACUACGCUGGACCCGUCUCGGUGCUAAACCGCAAAGGUAGGGGGGCUAAGCUAGAAAAGGGGUAUAUAUGCCUAUUUGUCUGCUUUAUAACACGAGCUAUUCAUCUCGAAUUAGUCACUACUCUUUCUGCACAUGAGUACCUAUUAGCACUUAAAAGAUUUAUAUCACGUCGUGGUAAGCCGGCUCAAGUUUUUUCGGAUAACGGAACCAAUUUUAUAGGAGCCAUGAAAGAGGUUAAGUUAAUGUUUAACGAGCACUCACAUCAAAUUAUAGAUAACUUGUGUAAUGAUAAUAUUGAGUUCAAAUUUAUACCACCUUAUGCUCCUCAUUUCGGGGGAUUGUGGGAGGCAGGAGUUAAGUCCUGUAAACAUCAUCUUAGGCGCGUUAUGGGUACCGCUAAUCUAACGUACGAGGAAUUCAGCACGGUGUUGUCACAGAUCGAAGCCGUCCUGAAUUCCCGUCCGAUGUGUCCUUUAUCUUCUGAUCCACAUGACCUUCUUCCACUGACUCCGGCGCACUUCCUCAUCGGCCGGUCGCUCCUGACACCAGCCUGCAGAGACAUGACGGACGAGCCAACAAAUCGCCUGACGCGGUUCCAGAGGGUUGAACAAAUUAGACAGCAAUUUUGGAAGCGGUGGUCGACAGACUACAUUUCAGAGCUUCAGAUAAGGACCAAGUGGAAGACACACAACCAGGACUUAGCUUUGAACACCCUUGUCGUUAUUAAGGAGGACCACUUACCACCUCUGAAAUGGCGCAUGGGCAGAAUUGUAAAGGUGUUCACAGGAAAAGACGGUGUGAGCCGGGUUGCUGAACUCCGAACUGUGACGGGCAAUGUACAGCGAGCGUUCUCCAAAAUUUGCCCACUUCCGGUGCCAUCGACGACGAGCAGUGGCAUCCAGGAUGACAGCGGGUGCGUCGCCAACGGCGAUGCAGUUAGUUUUGAAACCUGAGGAUUCCAAGGCGGCCGGCAUGUUCGCUGCUCACACCGCCAUCUAGUGACGCAACGCGAUCGAAAAAUGCGCGCGAACGGUUCGCGAAUGAACAUUAUUUUAUACUCUAUUUUUUUGUUUAUUAUUAUCUGUGUAUUUUUUGUCUUGGGCCUGUUCUGUUGGAGUAAAGGAGAGUGGCAGACGUGAA